AUGCCGCCCAAGAGAAAGCACAGUGAGACGCACCCAACACUUCAGCGAGCAGAAGCACCCAGGCGGCGGAGCACUCGCCGGGUUAAGGACGACGACGGUAUUGAUGCUGGGUCCAAUGAAAGCAGGGCCAAGUACACUGAUGGAUUAAGCUCCAAGGAGAAUGUUGAGCGUGCCAUGCACAACUUGUGGGAGAUGGAACACAAGCUGCUGAAUGAGGCGAAAAGGCAGCGGCUGGCCAUUGAGGCCUCUAACUUGGAGGCUUUGGCUGCAAAAGAGGACGAGGCCUACGGCAGCCAGGAUGUAACGAAAUCCUCGAUAGAGUGUAUGGACGCCGUGGCUACGUCAACUGGUACAGCACGGCAAACAAAAAGCGACAACGACAUGAACAGUGUUGAAGAAACCGCUUCACUAGAAAACGAGGUGGGUGAAAGAGGGGCCAAACGUCCGCCUCCCGUGAAUAGUGACCAACUGCCUUUGCCGUGGACAGGGCGACUUGGAUAUGCAUGUUUAAACACCUACCUUCGCACAGCAAACCCUUCAGUAUUCUCUUCCAGAACAUGCCGCAUAAGCUCCAUUCUCGAACACCGACAUCCUCUUCAAGACCCAUCACAACCGGAGCACCCCACGAAGAAUCGACCCGAUAAGUCUAAACCGGCCGACCCAAAUCGAGGGCUUCGAUAUAUCCAAGACAUUGGACUUAGCAACGCUCGAGAUAUUGUUAAAAUGUUGAGAUGGAACGACAAGUACGGAAUAAAGUUUAUGAGGCUAAGCAGCGAAAUGUUCCCUUUUGCCAGUCACGCAGAGUAUGGUUAUAGCUUGAGUUUCGCAUCUGAAGUCCUGGCCACAGCUGGCAAAGUGGCCUCUGAGUUGGGACAUCGAGUUACUACGCAUCCGGGUCAAUUUACGCAGAUUGGCAGCCCCAAAAAGGACGUAGUAACUGCAUCCAUCCGCGAUCUGGAGUAUCAUGACGAGAUGCUUUCGCUACUCUCUCUUUCCGAGCAAUUAGACAGAGAUGCCGUCAUGAUUCUACACAUGGGCGGCGUGUACGGUGACAAGCAGGCAACUUUGAAUCGGUUUCGCGAAAACUACCAAAAGCUCUCAGAGGGAGUUAAGAACAGACUGGUUUUGGAAAACGACGACGUAUCUUGGAGCGUGCAUGACCUACUACCCAUUUGCGAGGAAUUAAACAUUCCACUUAUACUCGACUUUCACCAUCACAACAUCAUCUUCGACCCCAGCGUUAGAGAAGGAACACAAGACAUCAUCGGCCUCUACGACCGAAUCAGGGCAACGUGGACCAGGAAGAAUAUCACGCAGAAGAUGCACUACAGCGAGCCGGUCGCGUCCGCUGUUACACCUCGCGAUCGCCGCAAGCACUCGGCCCGGGUGAAGACGUUGCCACCGUGUGCAACAGAUAUGGAUCUCAUGAUUGAGGCAAAGGACAAGGAGCAAGCCGUGUUUGAACUCAUGCGCACUUUCAAACUCCCGGGUUGGAAGUUGUUCAACGACAUUGUUCCGCACGAGCGCGCGGAUGAGCCAAGAAGAGAAGUCCCCAAGAAGGCAAAGAGAAGUGUCGGUGGAAAAGCACAAGUGAAUGGUACAACGGAGACUAUAAGUGCAGCUCCAGAGCAUAUCUUGAGCGCAGAUGAUUUGAACAUGGGCGGGCCGGAGAGGAGAGUAUAUUGGCCGGAAGGUAUGGAGGAAUGGUUGAAGCCAAGAAAACGGGAGAUCAAAACCGGCACAAAGAAUGGUUGUGACAAGUAG